AUGACGCUUUUUUUUGGCUCCCAACCGCCGGCGCUCUUGGAGCCCAGGGUUUCUAUAAACACCUUGCUGGCCCCCGAGGCGAACGAGAUGGUGAGUGUGGCGGUGGAGGAGGGGGGUGGGAGUGCUGGUGGUGGGAAGGAGGAGGGGGAGGGGUUGGCGGCGGUGGUGGGGGAGAAGAGGGUGUGGAUCGUGAAGGUGGCGGAUGAUGUUACUUUUCGGAGGAUGAAUGCUACGAUGGAGAGGCUGGCCAAGAUGGAGGAGAGGGAGUACUCGGCUUUUGUUAGGGUGCUGUUCGGGUUGUCAUCACCGUCACCUGUUGCGGCGGACUUGACAAGGGAUGAGGAGGUCGGCGAAAUUGAGUGGGUUGACCCGACGCUUAAUGAUAGCCAAAAGGAUGCCAUCCGGUUUGCUCUGGCAUCGAGGGAGAUUGGGUUGAUUCAUGGACCGCCGGGGACCGGCAAAACGCACACUCUCAUCGAACUGAUCCUCCAACUCCUCAAGCGCAACCUCCGCGUCCUCGUGUGCGGCCCGUCCAACAUAUCUGUCGACAACAUCGUGGAGCGGCUCGCGCCGCACAAGAUCCCGCUGAUCCGGCUCGGCCACCCGGCACGCCUCCUCCCCUCGGUGCUCAACCACUCGCUCGACGUGCUCACGCGCACGUCCGAGGCCGGCGCCAUCGUCAAGGACGUGCGCGCCGAGAUGGACGCCAAGCAGGCGUCCAUCCGCAAGACGCGCAACGCCCGCGAGCGCCGCGCCAUCUACGCCGACCUCAAGGACCUCCGCAAGGAGUACCGCGAGCGCGAGCGCCGCUGCGUUAGUAGUUUGGUCGCGGGGAGCAAGGUUGUGCUGGCAACGCUGCACGGCGCCGGUGGGUUCCAGCUGCGCGGCGAGCAGUUUGAUGUCGUUGUUAUUGAUGAGGCCAGCCAGGCCCUCGAGGCCCAGUGCUGGGUGCCGCUGCUGGCCGCGAGCAAGGCCAUCUGCGCGGGCGAUCACUUGCAGCUGCCGCCGACGAUCAAGUCGCUGAAUUUAAAGAAGAAGGGCAGCAGCAAGAAAGGGAAGGACGCUACUGAUGGCGAGGAGGGUGUGGUAAAGGGGGCCACCCUGGAGACGACUUUGUUCGACCGCCUGCUGAAACUACACGGCCCAUCCAUCAAGCGCAUGCUCACGACCCAGUACCGGAUGCACGAGAAGAUCAUGCGGUUCCCGUCCGACGAGCUCUACGAAAGGAAACUGAUCGCCGCAGAUGCCGUCAAGGCGAGGCUUCUAAAAGACCUGCCCUACGAGGUGGAUGACACCGACGACACGACCGAGCCGCUCAUAUUCAUCGACACGCAGGGUGGCGACUUCCCGGAGAAGAACGAGGACGACCAGGACGCCAGCGGCGGGAGUAAGAAGCUCACCAAGAGCAGCCUCUACGGGGACAGCAAGAGCAACGAGAUGGAGGCGGCGCUGGUGAGGCAGCACGUGCAGAGCUUGGUGGACGCCGGGGUGAAGCCCGAGGACAUCGCGGUGGUGACACCGUACAAUGCGCAGCUCGCGGUCCUUGCGCCGCUCAAGGAGGCCUUCCCCGGUAUCGAACUAGGCAGUGUCGACGGCUUCCAGGGCCGGGAGAAGGAGGCUGUCAUUGUCAGCCUCGUCCGGAGCAACCCGGACGGAGAGGUGGGCUUCUUGGGUGAGAAGCGUAGGCUGAAUGUGGCCAUGACACGGCCCAAGCGCUCGUUGACCGUCAUUGGAGACUCUGAGACGGUGAAAAAGGGCAGUAAAUUCCUGAAAGACUGGAUGGACUUUCUAGAAGAAAAUGCCGAUCUCCGGUACCCGGACCUGGCGUCGCUCACUCAGGAUGCAUAA